AUGGCGUCGAGCAUAGCAUCGCCUGCCGCGGUAGCAUCUGGAGCACCUCGUGUGCCACUUCAAAAUGUUCCCCGCGCACACGCGUCGUCGUCGUCCUCUGCGGCCGCUCAGAAUGCAGGUCCGCAUCUUGUCUCGCUCAAAGUGAUGCGUACGUCGGCGCCUUCUCUUGCUGUCUCGGAAAAGCCGUACUGCGACCGCCAUUCGACCUAUCACGAUGAGCUCAUUACAGCCGUGGCACAAGGGAUCGACGACGCCGCCUCGCACGACCUGUUAUCCAACCGAUGGGACACGUCGCCCUCGCCCGCAGACCAGUUCCCCAUCUCGGAAUUGCUCGUUCUACCCAACUCGUUCGGCACGCUCUACCUCGGCGAAACGUUCCGCACGUACCUCUGCGUUCGUAACGAGUCAUCUACCGCUGUUCGCGAACCGAGCCUUCGAGUAGAGAUGCAAGUGGGAGCCUCGGAUCCGCACACACAAGAGGGCGGAAGAUGGGUUCAACUUGCGCAUGUGAUCCUUCCCACACCUACUCGCUACUCGCCCGAACCGGACCAGGAUAAAGGUCGACCAGUGUGGGAGCUUCGUACAGCUCAGGCAUUGGAAACGUCGCUCGCGUACGAUAUCAAAGAUUUAGGUCCGCACGUGCUCGUCUGCACGGUGGGAUACAAGUCGCCGCUGCAGCAAGAUGGCGACGUGGCUUGGGUGGAGAGAUCGUUCCGCAAGUUUUACAAGUUCUCGGUCGACAGAUCGCCCAUUUCGGUGCGCACCAAGGUGCACCAGCCGAGACAUGCAAGCUCGCUUUUCCAUCCGGAUGCAGCGGUCAGGAAGAGGGUUGAGUUGGAAGUCCAGGUGCAGAACACGGCUGGUAAUGGAGCCGCACUGGUGUUGAAUGAGCUUACGCUAAAGCCUGCACCUGGAUGGAAGUGGGUGAGUGUGGACCGGCCGAGUCUCAACGAUGCUGAUCGUGGUGAUGAGGACAUGUGGAUUUUAAGAGGCACAGACCAGGUAUUGGCAGAUGGCGAUGUGAGGCAGUAUCUGUUUGUGCUUACACCGGAGAACAAGGAUCAGACGCUGGCGGAGGAAGUGAUGCAAGGUGGGAUUGAUUUGGGAGUGACUAAGGAGGGAUUGGCUUUGAGGGGUGAUGCUUUGGGUCAUCUUGACAUCAGCUGGAGGAUGGCGUUGGGUGAAGCGGGGAGGUUGCAGACGAGUCAGCUCGUGAGGCGUCGUGUUGUCACUCAACCUGUCACCGUAGCUUCUGGGUUGCAGGCGCAGAUCCAGCUCGAACCGCAGUUGGCAGCACGGCUGACACUGCAGCCCACAUCUCUCGAGACGCUGCGAUCGGUGAGGCCCGGCGAUGUGGUGGAGUUGGACUUCGACGUGGCGGUGUGCGACGUUUCUGGGCUGAUGCUGCCGACGCUUCAGGAUGGCACAUGGAUGGAUACCACGUUAGCGACACCAGAAAUCGAAUCAGCAACGCGCGAUGACGAUGACGAUGACGAUACACCGUUGUCCGAGAUUGUGUCUUCCCCGCGCGCUGUAGGCAAACGCGUUUCAUCCACUACGGUCAACACGGACACUAGUCCACCUCGCUCGUCGGAUGCUGCCGAACAUGUCAUGAUCCGACGAACGCUUCACCUUGCUCUGCAGCACUGUUCGAUCGAAGCCCCCACCGCGAUGUCCACCAGCACGUCUGUUGGCGAAACCACAAUGGCAGGAUCACAAGAGGCUUGCACGCCGCGCAAAUCGCCGCUUCCAAGUCGGACGUCUACUCCGACGCAGAACAACAUGGCGGGUGUAUCGGCGCUGAACAAGGCGCGGUUGCAAGCGAACCUGACGUCGUUGGUACGCAACACUUCGUUGUCCUCGUUGCGAGUGCGCGGGUCUGUGGACGAGGGUGACAGAAGCGCAGGUGGGAGGGCAACACCUCUUCCACCUGCUGUGCCACCCAAGGGUGAGAGGGACACGUCAGCGGGUGCUGCCGAUGCGAUGGAAUCCAGAGUGGCUGCAGAAGCCCGAGGUGAGCUGACCAAGACGUUGCCUCUUCCAAGCCUGUCCUGGGAGGCUGUGGUGAAGCGGUACAGGGUGUACAUGGAGACGCACAGUCAGGCGUUGAAUCGGCCCUCGUCCGCACAACCAAUGCCGAUCCCACGUACCUUUUUACCUUCCGAUCACGUGCAGUCGAUCGGUUCGACUCUAGUGCCGCUCGCACCGAUCUCGUUCGAUAUCGCGCUGAUGAGACUCGCCAACUCAUCACUCUAUCGAUCGCACACCUGCGCGCACUCGCCACAAUCUGAAUGUGUCCCCGCGAAACUCGGAUUCUACAUCCCCGCCGACGCAGAACACGUGGUCAGAUUCGGCGCUGUAAGAGUCGUCCUCAUCUCGUACGCCGAUAGCAUACUGCGCAUGGAUGGCAAGCAGAGCAAAGACGAUGCUGCGCAAACCACGUGUAUGACGGUGGUGGAUGAAAUGCCAGUGGUGGCCGAGACGCUGCUGGUGACUCACUAG